CGCGGUGCAUGUUCUCUCCCUGCGAGUGCGUGAGGCGAGGCGGCCGGAGGACGGCGGAAAUGAUCCGGUUCCGCAGCUCGAGCAUCAGGUCUCUGAGCCAGGAGAUGAAAUGCACCGUCCGGCUGCUGGACGACUCCGAGAUCUCCUGCCACAUCCAGAGAGAGACCAAAGGUCAGUUUCUCAUAGAUCAUGUUUGCAAUCACUACAGUUUGCUGGAAAAAGACUACUUUGGAAUUCGCUAUGUGGAUCCUGAAAAGCAGCGGCAUUGGCUUGAGCCCAACAAGUCUAUCUGCAAGCAAAUGAAAUCUCAUCCACCAUAUACCAUGUGCUUUAGAGUGAAAUUCUACCCACAUGAACCCUUGAAGAUUAAAGAAGAGCUUACCAGGUACCUCAUGUAUCUACAAAUCAAAAGAGAUAUUUUCCAUGGCCGUUUGCUGUGCUCUUUUUCUGAUGCUGCCUAUCUGGGUGCAUGUAUUGUCCAAGCUGAGCUUGGUGACUAUGAUCCUGAUGAACAACUGGACAAUUACAUUGGUGACUUCAAGAUUUUCCCCAAACAAUCCCAAAAGCUGGACAGAAAAAUAGCUGAAAUACAUAAAAACGAAUUCAGGGGUCAGAGUCCAGCUGUUGCUGAGUUUAAUUUAUUACUGAAAGCACAUUCUUUAGAAACGUAUGGUGUUGAUCCCCACCCUUGCAAGGAUUCAACAGGGACCACAACAUUUUUAGGAUUCACAUCUGCAGGUUUUGUAGUUUUCCAGGGAAAUAAAAGGAUACAUUUGCUAAAAUGGUCUGAUGUCUAUAAAUUAAAAUUUGAAGGGAAGACAUUCUAUGUGAUUGGAACUCAGAAGGAGAAAAAGGCUAUGUUGUCAUUCCAUACCUCUACACCAGCAGCCUGCAAGCAUCUUUGGAAGUGUGGAGUGGAAAACCAGGCUUUUUACAAGUUUGCAAAAUCCAGCCAAAUCAAGACUAUGUCCAGCAGCAAAAUAUUUUUUAAAGGCAGCAGGUUUCGAUACAAUGGAAAAGUUGCCAAAGAGGUUGUUGAAGCAAGUUCUAAAAUCCAGAGGGAGCCCCCUGAAGUUCACAGAACCAGUAUAAUGCAGAGUCGCAGUUCUCACUCCUUGAACAAACAGCUCAUCAUUAAUAUGGAGCCCCUGCAACCUCUCCUUCCUUCCCCUGAUGACCAGGAAGAAAUUCCAUCUGAUGAAGGGGAAGACCCUGUCAUCAGCUCCCACCUGCUCCAGCAUGAUCCCAUCCCUGUGUUUCUUCCUGGAAGUCUUGCAGCUUGGGAAUCUGGCUGUUUCUCCAUGCCACGUGAUUCUCCCUCCCAUGUUCGUGCCCCCAGGUGUCUUGGUAUUCAGCUGCCGAAGGAGGAGGAUGUUUCGAUACCUAUGUUAUCCAACUCUCCUGCUAAGGAGGCAGAAGAUAGUUCCUAUCUUUCCAUUGAUGAAGAAGAGAAAAUCAAAGAGGAACCUUUAACUAUCUCUGAAUUGGUGUACAACCCAAGCACCAGCUUGCUUCCCACGCCAGUCAAUGAUGAGGAGAUUGACCUGCUUUUUCAAACCUCUCCUAGGGCAGAAAAUGGGAAAGAAGAUACAGAUUCAUUUGAGGAACUGGAGGCAGAUGAAAAUGCAUUUUUGGUUGCAGAGGAAGAGGAGCUGAAAGAAGCUCGGAAAGCACUUAGGUGGAGCUAUGACUUUUUGAUGGGAAACAUGAAGGUAAAUGCUGUUGUGAAGAGUUUUUCCAGACUUCUUCUUGUUGGGCUUGGAAUACUGCUAGUUGUCUUCCCUCUGCUACUUGUGCUUUUGGAGUCAGACGUCGAUAUCUCCUUUCUCCAUGAAAUCCGACAGACGCCAGAGUUUCAGCAGUUUCACAUUGAAUAUUAUUGUCCUCUCCGACAGUGGGUGGCCUGCAAAAUAAACUUUGUCAGUCACUUGCUUGGCAGCUCUUAAGUGUUGAGAAUAUAUGACAUGAUUAAGGGCUUUAUUCAGAACUAGUGAAUAUCAGGCAGUACUAGGUGCUUGCUCGCAAACAUCCUCAAGGCCAUCAGCAAGUAGUUCUUCAUUUUUGAUCCAUAGUGGACUUCAAAAUUCUUAAGUUUUCUUUCCAUAAUCAGAUAGCUGGCUUAGCUACACGGUGGCCUUUAAAUAACCAAAAAGCUAUUUGAUUUUUACUGUCUGUUUUUGUCAAUGACUUUGCAGAACUGCAAUUUAUCGUCUGUAUCAUUACAAGCCAUGAUAUUCUAAAUUAAAGUAUUAGCAGCGGAGAGACGCUGAUGCUUUUGAAUAUACUCCUUAGUGAAACAAUCUACUAACCAAUGCCUAUACAAGCAACGUUGAUUGCUGGGAUUUUGUUUCUUGGUUUGAUUUUUCAUUUAAAAAUAUUUUUAUGUGUUUACAAGAUUUUGGUAAAUUUUUAGCAAAGACAACUUCUGAAGAUAUUUAAGUACACAUUGGUUUAAAAAUGCACAAGGGUAUGUCAUGAAUUUUUAAAAAGUUUUAGCAAUUUUUUUAAA